AUGGGCCUGGUGGUAGUGGCGGCGGCGCUUCUUUCCCCACCGGCGCCCGGGAGCUUCAACGACGAAGUGAACACUCUGGUGGAGAUCAAAAAGGCGCUGAAUGACCCGAGCGGAGUUCUCCCCGCCUGGGACCCGGCGGUGAUAGCCGCCGGCGACGAGCUGUGCGACUGGCCCAUGGUCGUCUGCAACGGCAAGGACCAAGUUUUCAGGCUGGAUCUUUCGAACCAAAAUCUCUCUGGUACAUUGUCGCCAGUGAUCGGGAACCUUAGGUCAAUGCGAAAUCUGGAUCUAUCCUUUAACAACCUCAGCGGCCCUCUGCCCAUUUUUCGCGCAAGUAUUGUCAGCUUUCGAGGUAAUCCAUUGCUAAAUCCCACUGCACAAGAGCCGCAUGAUUUCCCCACACCAAAGCCAGCGAAUAGUGAAGGUUGUUCCUAG